ACCAUGGCAAUGAUCAGCACUACAAAAGACCUCCAGCAUGAGAGACGCGGCACUGCUAACACUGGACCAGUAGUAGCAACAGCACCAAGCCCAACACUCACGUCAAGAUGCGAAGACCGCAGGUGUGCAGACGAGCUCGUGGCUGGCUGGCCGCUGGUAUAAAUACCUAAGCUCCUGUCAGUUGCUUCUUGAGUGACAAGCUGAUACCCGAGAAUCUUGGUUCUCACCUUCUCUCCUCUCACCUUUCUAUCCAUCAUCGCCCACCAUGUCUUCGAACAACACAGGCUCCUCCAACUCGAACCAGACUGACCCUCGCCAGCACCCGCUCCUGGCCACUGCCCAGGCCAUUGCGGGUGCCGUGCAGGGUGAGCACCGCACUCCUCGCAUGACACACAUGAUGAAUGCCAACGAGGGUCCCGCCGACAUCAUCUCCAAGGUUGCCGGCGUCACUUCGGGAGGAAAGCGCACUGGCGAUGCUCCAUACUUCACCAACAACGAAGGCAUCCCCUGGCCCGAUGCCGCCCACAGCAAGACCAUCGGCGGUAUUCCCGUUGCCAGCGACACCUUCCUCUUCCAGAAGCAGCAGCACUUCAACCGAUCCAAAACCCUCGAGCGUAUGGUCCAUCCCUGCGGUUCCGGCGCCUUUGGCUUCUUCGAGUGCACGAGCGAUGUGAGCAACCUCACCAAGGCCAACUUCCUUCAAAAGGUUGGCGAGAAGACCCCCGUCUUCGUCCGCUUUUCCACCGUCACCCUCGGCCGUGAAUUCCCCGAUGAGGCCCGCAACCCUCGCGGUUUCGCCAUCAAGUUCUACACCAUGGAGGGCAACUACGACAUUGUCGGUCUCAACUUCCCCAUCUUCUUCUGCCGCCACCCCAUCCAGGGCCCCGAUGUCAUCAAGUCCCAGUACCGCGACCCUCGCAAGUUCUUUUCCGACUGGGAAGCCACUUUCGAUUUCCUCGGUAACAACGCCGAGGGCAACCAUGCCGGCCUCAUGUUCUUCAGCGACCACGGCACCCCCGUCGGUUGGCGCUACAACAAUGGCUACGGCUGCCACACCUUCAAGUGGGUCAACAAGGACGGCGAGUUCGUCUACAUCAAGUACCACUUCAUGGCCAAGCACGGCACCAAGCGGUUCACCGAUGCCGAGGCCGUCCGCAUGUGCGGUGAGGACCCCGAUUACUCCAAGCGCGAUCUUUGGAACUCCAUCGAAGCCGGUGAGGAAAUCGAGUGGACCGCCUACGUCCAGGUCAUGAAGCCCGAGGACGCCGACCCCGAGAAGCUCGGCUUCGACCCCUUCGACAUCACCAAGAUCUGGCCGCGCAAGCUCUUUCCCAUGCAGGAGUUCGGCCGUCUAGUCCUCAACAAGAACCCCGAAGACUACCACCGGGACGUCGAGCAAGCCGCCUUCUCCCCCGGCAGCAUGGUCCCCGGCAUCGAGGACUCCCCGGACCCACUCCUGCAGUUCCGCAUGUUCUUCUACCGCGACGCGCAGUACCACCGCAUCGGCAUCAACCUGCACCAGAUCCCCGUCAACUGCCCGUUCAUGGCCAUGUCGUACAGCAGCCCCAACAUCGGCGGGACGAUGCGGGUGGACGCCAACGCCGCGGGGAACCCGCAGUACGUCCCGUCCUCGUCGUUCGUGUCCUCCAAUAAAAAGUUCCGCAACGACACGGCCGAGGCGCCCUACCAGGUUUCGGACGCAGUCUGCUCGCGCCGCUCCCACUUCUGGCACGAGGGCAACAAGAACGACUACGACCAGGCCCGCGAGCUGUACCGGCGCGUCAUGUCGGAACAAGAAAAGGCCAACACGGCUGUCAACACGGCCAAGUACCUCGGCCAGGUCCGCCACAAGGAGAUCAAGCUGCGCUUCCUUGCGCAGUGGUAUAAUAUUGACCCCAAGCUGGCUGAGUCGGUCUAUAGGGCGCUGAGAGAGGAUGCUAAAGAGGACUUUACCCUUGAGGAGGUGGCGACCAAGGCGGAGGACGCUGAGCUCUGGAAUAAGGCGGCCAAGUUUAGGCCGGCUCCUGGCGCUAAGCUCAUGGGUGCCAAGUGUCCUGCUGGUAUGGGAUACGGUGAUUGAGGCGCAUGUAUUGUGC